AUAAUAUAACGGGAGCCCGGUUCAGUCGUAAAUCUCUUCUCCACGUUAUCAAAUGAUUUAGUGUGAACAUCACAAUGUCGGAUAUGAAAUACAUUUUAGUUACCGGAGGAGUGAUAAGUGGUGUAGGGAAAGGUGUCAUCGCAAGUUCUUUCGGUACUAUUUUAAAAAGCUGCGGCAUAGACGUGACUUCUAUUAAGAUCGAUCCGUAUAUUAACAUCGACGCAGGCACUUUCUCUCCAUACGAGCAUGGUGAAGUUUACGUAUUGGACGACGGCGGGGAAGUGGACCUUGAUCUUGGCAACUACGAGCGCUUCUUGGACAUCACCUUGCAUCGGGACAAUAACAUAACAACAGGGAAGAUAUAUCAGCAGGUGAUCGAGCGCGAACGUCGCGGUGACUACCUCGGCAAAACAGUUCAGGUGAUUCCUCAUAUAACUGACGCCAUACAAGAAUGGGUCCAACGUGUAGCACACAUCCCAGUCACCGCAGAGAACACUCCUCCUCGAGUCUGCAUUGUGGAACUCGGUGGAACUAUCGGUGACAUAGAGGGCAUGUCAUUUGUGGAGGCUUUUAGGCAGUUUCAAUUCCGAGUGAAGAAAGAAAACUUCUGCUGUGCUCAUGUAUCUCUAGUACCAAUGACACGGCCAUUUGCUGCUUUUGGACAACAACCAAAAUCAACAGGAGAGCCGAAGACGAAGCCAACACAGUCUUCAGUGCGAGAACUGCGUGGUCUGGGCUUGUCACCAGACCUGAUACUGUGUCGCUCCGAGAAGCCUAUCAAUCACACUGUGAAGGAGAAGAUAUCUAACUUCUGCCACGUCGCCCCUGAUCAAGUAAUCUGCAUCCACGACUUGACUUCAGUAUACCACGUGCCUCUCCUGAUGGAAGCGCAGGGUGUCGUCACAUACCUGAACGAGCGGCUGCAGCUCAACAUCUCUAUGCCCAGGCCAGGGAGAUUCAUGCAAAAGUGGCGCAAUCUAGCCAAACGCGUAGACAACUUACGUAAAGAAGUCAACAUCGCUUUAGUCGGCAAAUACACUAAACUAGAAGACAGCUACGCAAGUGUAACUAAAGCUUUACAACAUGCCUGUAUCGCUGCUAGCAGCAAACUAAAUCUGACGUAUAUAGAAGCUGUGUCUUUGGAGCGGCAGACGAAAAUUGACGACCCGGUCAGCUAUCAUAAGGCAUGGCAGGAUCUUUGCAAAAGCGAUGGCGUCAUAGUCCCUGGUGGAUUCGGCCAAAGAGGCAUGGAAGGCAAGAUCGAGGCCUGCCAAUGGUGCCGCGAAACACAAAAACCCUUCCUAGGCAUAUGUCUCGGUCUCCAAGCGUCCGUCAUCGAGUUUGCUAGAAAUGUCCUCGGUCUGAAGGGUGCUAAUAGUACAGAAGUGAAUCCGCAGUGCGAAGAUAAGCUGGUUAUAGACAUGCCGGAACACCAUCCGGGGAAUAUGGGGGGUACUAUGAGGUUAGGGAAGAGGAAGACUUAUUUGGAGCCUAGUCUAAUAACUCAACUAUACAAACGGGACGUGAUCGAGGAGCGCCACCGACACCGCUACGAAGUGAACCCCGAGUACAUAGAACGGCUCGAUGCCGGCGGACUCAGAUUCGUCGGUAAAGACGAGUCCAAGACCCGUAUGGAGGUCGCCAUGAUCGAGAACCACCCGUACUACGUGUCCGUGCAGUUUCAUCCGGAGUAUCUGUCGCGCCCGCUGCCGCCCAGUCCACCGUUCCUUGGGCUAAUACUCGCGUCGCUGGGUAAACUCAAGAACUACAUGUCUAAAGGGUGCCGGCUGAGUCCCAGAAACCUGUCUGACGUCAGUUCUGAUGAAGAAGACGACAUAUCCCUAUCAUCUCUUAGCCUAACUGAAGAAAAAACAACUAUUGAAAACGGAAAACCGAAACAGGUUAAUGGGGUAGCAAAAUAAGUUACUUAUGUUUAAGUAGUUCUUUUUGUUUCACAAAUAAUCAAUCACUUUUUUAACCGUUCAUGACUCAUGAACUUAGUAUAAGCUUAACUUUGGAGCAGUUGUUUUUAUGUUCAAGUUUUCUAGUCGAUAUUAUACAGCAUAAUAUGGAUUUUUAGUUUGUAACACUACUUAAGCUAAAGCUAAAAGCAGGCACCUAAAAUGUAUCUUAUUACUAAUGUUUUAUACUGAAGCGAAUAUAAUAUUUUUUAUGUAUUAUGUUGUAUAGUAUUUGACAUUCGCCAAAAUUAAACUAUAAAUAAACUUUUCGAAUUAAUAUGUUAUGCAUAUCACAAUGAUUUCCGUUCAUCAAGCAUUUAUAUUUAUAACAUGUAGUGUUUAAUUUUGGUGACACCACAGAAAUAUUUCGAUCACUUUAUUUUCUAUUAUGCAUGAAUACGUGUAGCACGUAAGCCAUAAUUUAAGCUUAAGAAUAUUUUUUUAGUAACUAAUUUUUGUACUGACAAAAUCCUUAUAAUUCGCUAGCUGAAUUGAGCUGAAGUUUGUAACAGUUGAUAUAAAACCAUGCAUAAUUAAAAGCGCACCUAGAUGUCGCCAAAGACACACUAUUAGGGUCCCGCCAUUGGUGGGAACGAAAGUUCAGAUAGCCGUUUCUCACUCUUACAUAAAUGGCCAUCGCAAGUCGUGGCCGAGCCGUUAGCGAAUAGCGAACGAAACGGGAUCAUCGCAAGAUCUGGGCGCAUCUUUAAAUGUUUUCCUUUAGAAAUAAUAAUACCUACUUGCUAGAUACAGAUGUAGUGCAUAAUUAUUUUCCAUCGUAUUUUCACGAAAACGUACGAACUUGUCUUGCUACUUCAGUCAGUCUCGGUACAAAAGUACUGACAUUGAUUGAAGUAGCAUGACAAAUACGAAAGUUUCUGAGAAAAUACGAUGGAAAACAAUUAUGCACUACAUCUGUAUCCAUAUUUUAACAGUUUUCUAAACAAUGAAAAUAUUGACAUCCAACUGACAGACAUAUUAAUCGAAACAAGUGAAUAACACUUGUUUCAAAACAAUAGAUUUUAUAACAUAUGAACCAUUGACAUGUAAUUUUUUUUGCCCAAAUACAUAAAUAUGUAGGUACCUAAUAGAUUAAAAAAUAACUGCCAUUUUGUGUCAUCAACCUUGUUAGUGCUUAUUAUUUAUUAUACGCUAUUUUAUUAACCAUAAAUUACUAGAAUGAAGAUUUAUCUUUCAAUUCAUAACAAUGAGUCAUCUGCGAUCUUAUUUUCAUGUAUUCCAUUCCUUGAAAGCCGUAUUAACAAAUUAAAUAAAUCAGUUAUUUAAAGUUAAAAAAAAUAUGGUUGUCUGUAAAGUCCCGGUUUACCGGCGAUAAUUUUGCGUGAUAACGUUAUAAGAAAAUGUGGCCGUAAUGUUACUAAUGAGAUUUGUCCACAACGUUACCAUGGAGAUUUGUCCACAACGUGACACUUUCAUGCAUGCUACCGGUGUUCAUCGAUUUGUAAGACGUUAUCACGUCAAAAAGAAGGGUGUAUGAAAAUUGAAUGACUAUUAGUUUUGUUUAAGUUGUGAUUGUUAUUUGUGAUUAUAAUGUUAAAAUUAUAAAUGUUUGUGAUUACAUGGCUGUUGUAAUGCGCAAUUGAAGAUGGAUAUAAAUAUAUUUCGUAAAAUAUAUAGAUUUUAGCACUGUUUGGAAUGUUCUAGUGACAGAAUAAACAUACAUAUUUUGUAUAUGGUUUUUAAUGAAGGUUGCUAUAUAAUAUAAACCUUCAAUUAACAAAAUGUAAAUCGUUUAUUAUUGAUUGUGCUUGAUUAAGCGAAAUGUUUGAAAUGUAAAUGUUAGUUAUAUAUGUCAAAUUGAAACCAGUGCAAAUAAUUACCCCCUUAUUCAUAAACGUUUACUAAAGUUGCCAAGCCGAUAAUAAUCGUUUGUCCCUUUCCGACAUAUUGGUAU